CAACUUCUUUAUUUUUCCUCUCCUCGUCUCUUUUUUUUUUUUCUUUUCUCUCUCUCUCCUCACCUUCUUCCUCUCCCCCUUCUCUCUUUUUAUAUCUAUAUAUAUAUAUUGUACAACAAUGCACUCUCGUCUUGCUCGUAAUAUCACUCGCACCACUGCCUUAAAACCUACCAUGAACGCCUUGCGACUUGUGUCAAGUAGAAACUUACAUAUUCAAACACCUGCUGCUUUGUAUACUGGUAUGGAUCGUCUUGGAAAAACUAAUGGUGUACAAUAUGGAGCAUUACGUCAACAAUUCAGAACUUAUGCUGACAAGGUGGUUAAGGUUCCUCAAAUGGCAGAAUCCAUUUCUGAAGGCACUUUAAAACAAUGGGUCAAACAGGUUGGUGAUUUUGUUGCUCAAGAUGAAGAAGUGGCUACUAUUGAAACUGACAAGGUAGAUGUGACCGUGAACUCUCCUGCUUCUGGUACCAUCAUUGAAGUAUAUGCUCAAGAAGAAGAUAAUGUAUCUGUUGGUGGUGACUUUUUCAAAUUAGAACUUGGAGAUGCUCCUAAAGAAGGUUCUGCUCCUACUCCCAAGAAAGAAGAAGCUCCUAAACAAGAAGAACAAGAAGAAUCAAAACCUAAACAAGAAGAACAACCCAAGAAGGUAGAAUCAAAACCUCAAGAACAAGAAUCAAAACCUAAAAAGGAACAACCAAAACAACAACCUAUCACUGAAGAAGAACCCGUCAAGGUAUAUGGUAACCGUAAUGAAACUCGUGUCAAGAUGAACCGUAUGCGAUUACGUAUUGCUGAACGAUUGAAGCAAUCUCAAGAUACCGCUGCUUCUCUCACCACUUUCAAUGAAAUCGAUAUGUCGGGUUUGAUGCAAUUGCGCAAGGAAUACAAGGAUGCUGUUGUCAAGAAACAUGGUGUUAAGUUUGGUUUCAUGUCUGCUUUCGUCAAGGCCUCUGCUAUUGCUCUUCAAGAAAUCCCUGCUGUGAAUGCCUCUAUCGAAGGUACUGAUUUGGUGUAUCAUGAUUACGUUGAUGUGAGUGUGGCUGUCUCUACUCCCAAAGGUUUGGUGACUCCUGUACUUCGCAAUGUUGAAGAUAUGUCCUUUGUGGAUAUUGAAAAGAAUAUUGCUGCCAUGGGUAACAAGGCUCGUGAUGGUAAAAUCACUAUUGAAGAUAUGACUGGUGGUACCUUUACCAUCUCCAAUGGUGGCGUGUUUGGCUCUUUGAUGGGUACCCCUAUCUUGAACCCUCCUCAGUCCGGUAUCUUGGGUAUGCAUGCUAUCAAGGAAAGACCUGUGGUUGUUGAUGGCAAGAUUGAAAUCCGACCUAUGAUGUAUGUUGCUCUUACCUAUGAUCAUCGUAUCAUUGAUGGUCGUGAAGCUGUGACCUUCUUGGUUAGACUUAAGGAAAUGGUGGAAGACCCCCGUAGAUUAUUACUUGAUGUUUAAACAUGUCUUUUCUCCUUUCUCUCUUUUCCCCUUACCUCCUUAUUAUUUCUUUUGUUUGAUGUC